GCCCUCAGGACGGGCGAGCAGGCCCCUUAUGAAGGAGGUGACUCGGCUCCUCGACCUCAGACGUCUCCUAGCCAGCGAGAGGCUUCCCGACGAACCUCGCCGGUCAUUGUUGUGUUCCACCUGCAGCGUGGGCGUCGCGCAGAUCAUCCAGGAGGUGGAGAACGGCGCCGCGCCCGAGGCCAUCGCAGGCCAGCUGACAGACCUCUGCGUGGCCCUCGGCGUUGCGACGCUCAACGUUUGCCAACACUUCUUCGCCCUAGCCGAGCCGCAGCUCCACUGGAUAAUCCUCAACCGCCACAUUACGGGGAAGGACGCCUGCGGCAUGCUCUUCGUCGGGUUUGGCUGCGAGACCGACAACCCCGAGCGCGUGUGGGAGGUUUCGCUUCCCGACACACCGAAGCCGCCUAUCCAACCCCCGACCCUGCCGGAGCCCGGCUCGCCUGUGAUGCGGGUCCUGCACUUGGCAGACACGCACUUUGAUCCAUUCUACAAGCCCGGCAGCAACGCGGAGUGCGACGACGUCUUCUACUGCUGCAGGGAGGAGAGUGGACCUCCCGAGCGCCCCGAGGCUGCGGCUGGGCACUGGGGCGACUACCGCUUCUGCGAUGCCCCCAAGUGGCUCCUGCAGGAGAUGUACUCGCACAUCGCGAACACGCACCAGGACAUCGACUUCAUCGUGUGGACGGGCGACCUGAUCCCGCACAACCUGUGGAACACGACCCGCGAGGGCAACCUGGACGUGACUCGCCAGGCCAUCCAGAUGGUCAAGGACAGUUUCCCAGGGAUUCCUGUGUUCCCGGCCAUCGGCAACCACGAGUCCCACCCCGUGAACGCUUUCCCUCAACCGUACAUCGAGAACGAAUUCGACAUCUCUUGGCUGUACGACGAGAUCUCGGCGCUGUGGGCGACGUGGCUGCCGGCGGACGUCGCAGCCAGCGUCACCUACUCCGCCUUCUACUCCACGCUCAUCAAGCCAGGGCUCAGGAUCCUCUCAAUCAACACCAAUUACUGCUAUAGCUUCAACUGGUGGCUGCUGUUCGACGACGUGGACCCCGCGGCGGAACUGGCCUGGAUGGCGCAGGAGCUGCAGCGCGCCGAGGACGCCGGCGAGAAGGCCUACGUGGUGAGCCACCACCCGCCGGGCCACCGCGACUGCUCCAAGACCUGGAGUCACCAGUACAACAGGAUUGUUCACAGUGCAACUUUUUUCGUGAAAAUUGUGUCUUCUUGUAGUCUCUGUUCCAAAAUGUUCUUGCCCUUCUGCACCCAAACAAAAAAGCUGGUCAUAUCUCAACCAGAAUUUCUAACAAAUGCUAAUAGGUGUCACCAAGCCAUCAGGGACAAAACAAAUUAA